ACCCCUCUACACCCCCCACGACCCCUCAGAUGUCUGCCCCUCACGCUGCCUCGUGCCGGCAGUCCUCCCCUCAGGCUGCCGACGCCGCAGCCAUGCCUCGCUGCUACCUUGUCAAGAAGGUCUCCUCCUCCUCCAGGGAGGUGGGGGGCAAGGGGUGCGUCGCCCCCACCUCCCCGACCGCGGCCGCCCCCGCCCCACCUACACCUCCGGAUAUAGCCGACCACGAGGCCCAUACGCGUGUGUACCACGAGCUGCGAGCGGCGGACCCUUGCUUCACCUGCACCUUCCAGUACUACCCCACCACGCCAGACCACGCCUACGUCCAGUCCACCACCACUACCUUCCACCAGCCCUGCCUCCCCUCCAGCCAGUCCUACCUCUCUGCCACUCGCCAACAGUCCACGCAGUCACCAUGCCUCCGGACGGCUCAACAACAGGCGUGUCUUGCAACCAGUCAACAGACGUGUCUAUCAACUAGCCAGCAAUCCUGCCUCCCGGCCAGUCCACCGUCGUGUCAGCAGAGCAGCCACCAAUCAAACCAACAAACUAGCUACCAAUCGAGCCACACCUUCACUCCGCUGCACCUGCGGCCUGUAGAGGAAACCGAAGCCGCGCACGACUUACUUGAACUGGCUCGUUCCGCCCCCGCCUACACCUACCAGCCUCCUACCCCAGCUUCCUCCUGCGACUCUCUAGAGGCGCCCUCUACUAGCUACUCGGAGACUACGGUGUGCGACGGAAGCGAGCCUCUUUAUGAGGAUAGUGAGGCAAGUCUCAUUACCACACCGACGCCUUCCCCGGCAGGCAGCAGCGACGCAGAGAAUGUGGCUCCUGCCUGCUCCCUCGGGCUGGACGAUGGGCGCUCCAGAAUUCGGAUUGGGAGGAGUGAAGGCAUGCGGUUAGGGCGCCACAAGCCGCGGUACACUUGUUCGGAAUGUGGGAAGCACUAUGCGACGUCGUCCAACUUGUCGCGACACAAACAGACGCAUCGCGACCUGGACUCCGGCAACGCGCGACGUUGCCAUGUGUGCGGGAAGGCGUACGUCAGUAUGCCGGCACUGGCCAUGCACGUGCUGACGCAUAACUUGACGCACAGGUGCGGCGUCUGCGGCAAGGCCUUCUCCCGCCCCUGGCUGCUGCAAGGCCACAUGCGCUCUCACACUGGAGAGAAGCCCUUCGGAUGCGCCCACUGCGGCAAGUCCUUCGCUGACCGAUCCAACCUGCGCGCGCACAUGCAGACGCACUCACAGCUCAAGAACUUCAGGUGUAAACGCUGCAACAAGUCCUUCGCUCUCAAGUCGUACCUCAACAAGCACUACGAGUCGGCGUGCUACCGGGACGGCGCGUGCGGCGAGAUCUGCGUCUCUCCAGGGCCAUGAACCUGGCCACGACGCACAGCUAUGGACUUAUGUGUAUGCCCCGCCAACUGUACCUACUGUGGACCUAAGUGGCCACGACUUGUACCCAUGGUGGACCAGGGUGUGGCCACGAGUCUAGGAACUGUGGACCAGUAACUGGCCAUACCCAGUGGCCCACGUGUGGAACUGUGACCUGAAUUAAGACUUGGCAAUAAGGUCUGGUUACCUGAGGGAUAGAAUAGCUGUUCUUCCACAUAGAGUUACACGGUGCACUAGCAUUCAACAGCGAAAAAAAAACAAAGUGCUUUAUUUUGCUCCUGUACAUUUAUACUUUAAUCCAAUAUUGUGAUCCUCUGUGAUUUUCAUGUGGCAUCAUUUAGUACGAUAAGUCUAGUCAUCACAACGGCGAAGCCCCUGUGUCCAGUGAACAUGAUCUCAGAGACCCAACCGGCUGCCAAGGAUGAUUUCUGAAAUCUGUCCAGCUGGUAUUAACGGGUUUUUGCGUUCUUCACACCAGGAGUGACAGUAUACUUGCUUAAAAGGUUGAUGGCAGAAGUUCAACAAGUCUAGCGAAAUGGCGCCAUUUCUACACGCACCAGCAGGGAGCGUUGUCAGGCGGGCCAACAACGCCGGCUUCUGAGUGUGGUAGAUUUGGCCGAAGUCUCCACCAGGGUUGGGUUCGGCUGCAUGACUAGGAACAAAAUCUAAUCACAAGUUAAUCUUUUUAUUCCAAGCUUCUUUCAUUAGCUGCAUGUGAUGCCAUUAUCUUUUGUGAAGUGAAUUAUACGAUUCGGUACGAUUGUUUACAAGAGAUCCUCUAAGACCGCCUUACGAUGUGGGCUCUUUGUUAACGCAGAAAAAUGUUGAUUUUUUUUAGAAGUAGAAUUGACUUUAGUAACCAAUUAAUUCACGGAUCAAAUGUAUGAAAGGCUCAUUCAAAUGGUUUCGAGACCUGUAAUGGCAAAGGAUCAAAUAUGAUGCUCACAAAAAUAUCUGAUUUUAAUCUUGAAUUGUUUUCUUUUUAACAGCAAUUGUUAAGCAUAGUCUGUUUUAUCUAGGUCUAGCGAUGAUCUUUACCAGGAAUUUAACAUGUUUAACGAUGAGAAACACAGAUGGUCCUUCCCCUAGCACAGGUACGCCGGCAGCCUCCGCAACACAAAGAGCUCAAUAGUCAGGUCUUUCUUUGGUGGUUGUUAUAGCUUGUGUUCUUGUUGUUCAGGGUGCGGCAAGGGGUGCCACGAACCCUCCCGUGUCGCCGCUGAUACGUUUUAAUGGUACAAAUAAGGUAAUAGCCAAGACACUACGCUCGUUCAUCUUGAAUGCUAUCUUAGAAAGACAUACGGCGUGUUGAAAGAUCAAAAAACGAUCCUUUUGUCCUAACUGUCUCAAACGAUAAACGCAAAAAAAAAAAGUGCCUAAUAAGUUAUGAUGAUAAAAAUAAUGAAUACACUCGUCUUAUUGUUAAAUGUCAAUACCCACCACACUACUAAUGCUACCAGCAACAUUAUUGAUGAUAAUAUUAAGGAUAAUAUUUGUGAUAAUGAGAGGGGGGAGCAGUUCAAGAUGAACAGUCGUAGGGUCACCUCCUUGGUACCGAGCGACCUAUACUCUACUCCUCUGUGUAGGUUUGACUGAGCUCGGGUUUAGCGCCUGUUGCGAGGCCGUAUAUACCUUUGUAGUGCAUGUUGCAUUAUCAAAAGGCGGUGUCAUGUCACACUCUUCAACUGAGGGCUGUGUCACACUGUGUACUACCGAGACGGGGUCGUUGACAGUGGGGAAGCGUUACAAAGCUCCCUUUGCCAAGUGUGACCCUUCUGGGUUAUCCAGUGUGGUGCCUUAGGUUGUCAAGAAUCUUGACACUGCCAAGUUUCUGUAACACUCUGGGCGUCUGACAUGUCAUUGACGCUAAUAAGUGCAUGUGGCGAUCUGUUUUAUUAAAUGUUGCCUUCUUUUUUUUUGACGGCAGACUUCCGUCAGUGCCUGACAGACAGACGUUGGGCCGCCUGGUGCACUGUGCUGAGGAAGGCCAAACACAUUCUCACUCUCACUUGGAUGUCUAAUAUCUCCAAACAUUACUUUACAAAGAUGAAUUCUAAAAGAUCGUCUCUUAUAACAGAACUCUUAGUUGUAUCAAGUAGUUAUCAAUUACUUUGUAAAAGCAGCAGUAUUUCAUAUUAUUAUAAUGACACAGUUUGAACUAAAUCAGAUAACCGCGAUUAAUGCCACUACAAAAGGUAUUCGUUUGGAUCUUAAUACACGGGUGAGACAAACUCUUAUUGCCCAAUAGGCACCAGAGUUUUGGAGCCUAAGGCGUGCAGAAUCAGCCACCCUUGCUUUGGAUUGGCAAACGGAUUGACGGAUAUAUGUUUUAAUUGCCACUAACAUUCUCUCAAUCAAUUCAGUGGAGUCAGUGCUGUUCCAAACGAAUCUUAGUUGUAAUAACAUUGAUCCUUUCAAGCAAUAAGACUAGCAAUAUAUAUAUUGUUACGGCAUCAUACCUAGAACUAGUAGGCUAAAACUAGAAGAAUUUAAAACGGCAAAUGUAGAAUCUCCUUGAUAAGUUGUAAUCUAGAGUAAUUAU